AUGCGGCCUCGCGACGAGCUCGUCAUUGGCUUAUUUGCCCUUGCGGCUGCAAACGCCUCAGACACUCCCGCGUUUGACUGGGACUCCAUCUCUCCAUCCACAGACCUUCGGUAUCAUGACUGCUACACUAGUGGCUUCAAAUGCGCCCGCCUCGAGCUCCCUCUGAGCUGGAAAAACAGCACCGACCCCCGAACCGUCCCCGUGGCCAUUGUCAAGCUCGCUGCCAAGGUCCCUGACGAUGAUCCUACCUUUGGCGGGACCAUCUUCACCAACCCCGGCGGGCCAGGCGGCUCCGGGGUGGACCUGGUCGUCACCAGGGGCCACUAUCUGCGGGACUAUGUCGAUAGCCCUGGCCGGAAGCACUUCGAAAUAGUUUCUUUCGAUCCUCGCGGAGUUGGGAAUAGCAGGCCCCUGGCCAACUGCUUCCCCCACGCCCCCCUGGCCAGAGAUGCGUGGAUGCUUGAGAUGAGAGGCAACGGCGGGUUGGACAAAAGCCCUGCAGCCAUCUCUUACGGACUGGCCCUGUUCGAUGCGUAUGGGAGGACGUGCGAAAAGGCCGACGCCCGUGAUUUGAACGGGGGUGAGAUUUUCAGAUAUCUCGGGACGCCGUCCGUCGCCAGAGACAUGGUCGCCAUGGUGGACAGCAUAGACCACCUGAGAAGGACGGAAGCCGCUCGCCAGGGCCGGACGGAACUGAGGAAGAGAGACAAGGAGGACGUUCCCAGGUUGCAGUACAUUGGGUUCUCGUACGGCACCAUUCUCGGAAACUACUUUGCCUCGCUGUUCCCGGGGCGCAUCGGACGGCUCGUACUCGAUGGAGUUUGCAACGCCGACGACUAUGCCAACGGUGCCGUGAGUCUGCCCCAUCCUGAUUCCUUCUUGACUCUAUUGUCCAUUGAACCGACGUCAACUAACGAGCUGUGGGUUCAGGGCUGGCUCACAAACACUGUCGAUUCCGACACCAUCAUCGACAAGUUCUUCGAGGGAUGUUUCCACGCCGGCCCCAAAGUCUGCGCCCUCGCCCGUCCCAAAGACAUUUCUGCCACCGACGUCAGCGGCCGGUUCUGGCCGUGGCUCAAGCAGCUCGACGAGGCACCGGUGGCGGGCGUCGGGCCCUCGGGCGGUUCCAUCAUCCUGACGGGCGGGGAUAUCCGCCGCCUCCUCGCUUUGGCAGCCUACGUACCCAUCACAUCUUUUGUCCAGGCCGCUCAGUUACUCGACGAUGCCAUGGUGCACGAGGCCUACGACCCCAUCCUCGCCGUCGUCGAGUCCGAGCUCGGCGGCCCCCUCCAAGACGCGUGUCCUGUCGGCAACAACCAGACCGCCAGACGGGACCAAGGCCCGGACACACAGACGGCCGUCCUCUGCGUCGACGGCGAGGACAUCCGCGGCAAGAAGACGUCGUGGUGGUCGCGCUAUGUCCAGAAACAGAUUGCCCAGUCGGCCGUCUUUGGCGCCUUCUGGUCCACGAUCCGCUUCCCCUGCUCUGGGUGGCGCUUCAGACCUAACUGGGACUUCCACGGCCCCUUUACGUCUCCGGAAGCACCCCGGGACGGCGGAAAGCCGCGGCAGGGCCAGCCAGCCGCGCCGCUCAUGUUUCUGACCAACAGGCUGGAUCCCGUCACGCCGCUGGCGGCUGCCCGGGCCAUGGCCAGGAACCACCCGGGCGCCAGGGUGGUUGUGCAGGAGGCCAUGGGGCACUGCGCCACGUUCUCGGCAUACAGCGAGUGUACGAGGGGCAUCGUGGCCGAAUAUUUCGACACGGGCAAGGUGCCGGACAGGGAAGAAGUUUGCGAGGCCGAGUGUGGCCCCUGGGACGACGGCUGCGGGAGGGUGCUGUUGAAGUCGGACCUUGCGGAGAAGGAGGCGUGGUUUGCGAGGAGGUACCCUCUGGGUGUGUAA